GCCUGCAGGAGGUAGCGGCGGCGGCCGAGGCCGAGGGAAGAUGGCGGACGGUGUGGACCACAUAGACAUUUACGCGGAUGUGGGCGAAGAGUUCAACCAGGAAGCUGAAUAUGGUGGGCAUGAUCAGAUAGAUUUGUAUGAUGAUGUCAUCUCUCCAUCUGCAAAUAAUGGAGAUGCCCCAGAAGAUCGGGAUUACAUGGAUACUCUCCCACCAACUGUUGGUGAUGAUGUGGGUAAAGGAGCAGCACCAAAUGUUGUCUAUACAUAUACUGGAAAGAGAAUUGCAUUAUAUAUUGGAAAUCUAACAUGGGGGACAACAGAUGAAGACUUAACUGAAGCAGUUCAUUCUUUGGGCGUAAAUGAUAUUUUGGAGAUAAAAUUUUUUGAAAAUCGGGCAAAUGGCCAGUCAAAGGGGUUUGCCCUUGUUGGUGUUGGAUCUGAAGCAUCCUCAAAAAAGUUAAUGGAUCUGUUGCCUAAAAGAGAACUUCAUGGUCAGAAUCCUGUUGUAACUCCAUGCAAUAAACAGUUCCUGAGUCAAUUUGAAAUGCAGUCCAGGAAAACUACACAGUCAGGACAAAUGUCUGGGGAAGGUAAAGCUGGUCCUCCGGGAGGCAGUUCACGUGCAGCCUUUCCACAAGGUGGUAGAGGACGGGCCCGUUUUCCAGGGGCUGUUCCUGGUGGGGACAGAUUUCCUGGGCCAGCAGGACCAGGAGGGCCACCUCCACCUUUUCCAGCUGGACAGACUCCACCACGUCCACCCUUAGGUCCUCCAGGUCCACCCGCUCCACCAGGUCCUCCACCUCCUGGUCAGGUUCUGCCUCCUCCUUUAGCUGGGCCUCCUAAUCGAGGAGAUCGCCCUCCACCACCAGUUCUUUUUCCUGGACAACCUUUUGGGCAGCCUCCAUUGGGUCCGCUUCCUCCUGGGCCUCCACCUCCAGUUCCAGGCUACGGCCCCCCUCCUGGUCCACCACCUCCACAACAGGGACCACCUCCACCUCCAGGCCCCUUUCCACCUCGCCCACCUGGCCCUCUUGGGCCACCCCUUACACUCGCUCCUCCUCCGCAUCUUCCUGGACCACCUCCAGGUGCCCCACCACCAGCUCCACAUGUGAACCCCGCUUUCUUUCCUCCACCAACUAACAGCGGCAUGCCUACAUCAGAUAGCCGGGGUCCACCACCAACGGAUCCAUAUGGCCGGCCUCCACCAUAUGAUAGGGGUGACUAUGGGCCUCCUGGAAGGGAAAUGGAUACUGCAAGAACACCAUUGAGUGAAGCUGAGUUUGAAGAAAUCAUGAAUAGAAAUAGGGCAAUCUCAAGCAGUGCUAUUUCAAGAGCUGUGUCUGAUGCCAGUGCUGGUGAUUAUGGGAGUGCUAUUGAGACAUUGGUAACUGCAAUUUCUUUAAUUAAACAAUCCAAAGUAUCUGCUGAUGAUCGUUGCAAAGUUCUUAUUAGCUCUUUGCAAGAUUGCCUUCAUGGAAUUGAAUCCAAGUCUUAUGGUUCUGGAUCAAGACGUGAACGAUCAAGAGAAAGGGAUCAUAGUAGAUCACGAGAAAAGAGUCGGCAUCAUAAAUCCCGCAGUAGAGAUCGUCAUGAUGAUUAUUACAGAGAGAGAAGCAGAGAACGAGAGAGACACCGGGACCGGGACCGGGACCGCGAUCGAGAGCGCGACCGAGAGCGCGAGUAUCGUCAUCGUUAGAAGCUGAAGGAAGAGGAACACCUUCCAAGACAAAACAGUCUUCAUGGGGGAAAAAUGACGCUUGUCCAGCAGUUUGCUUCUUGUGAUUGAACUGAACCUGUAAGGAUUCAUGGAUAAAAUGAACAGGAAUAGAUCUGAAUAAAGCAAAUCUGCAUAAAUGGUAA